AUCUCGCACUCGUCCCGCCGCCAUGUUGUUUCUAUUCCGGUGUUGGUGAGGCGAUAUCUCAGAUAAUUAACAACGAUACACGGCGAACUGGGUCAUAGCAUGCAAAGAUGUUUCCCAUACCACCACAGGGUGUUUCUCCUUUUCUGAGUCCACAGCUCAACGUUCAAUCGUCUCUCUCAUCUACGCCAAUACCUCACCCAGAUCAUCCAGACCCAUUGGAUGUUAAAGGAAAUUGGAAUCCGACACAUCUAGGUCAACCUGGACCACCUAUCCAGUUCCCCUUCCCACCCAUGCAAGAGCCCAUCUUACCACCAGGGCAGCAGCUUCCACCACCUGUCGCUCAGCCUCCCUUAACAUCUGACUUCAUAUGUCCACCAAGACCCGGAGUAGGAUCUGAGGGCCGUGCCAUCCUUCUGAGAGCAAACCACUUCCAGGUUCGAGUACCAAAGGGCUUCAUCCACCACUAUGAUGUCUCAAUUACACCAGACAAAUGUCCACGAAGGGUUAAUAGGGAGAUUAUUGAUACCAUGGUCCAGUGCUACAGUCAGAAGAUCUUCCUUGGAGUCAAGCCAGUGUUUGAUGGCAGAAAGAACCUAUACAGCAGGGACCCUUUGCCUAUUGGCAGAGACAAGGUGGAGCUGGAGGUAACACUUCCAGGUGAGGGUCGAGACAGAGUGUUCAAGGUGGCCAUCAAGUGGGUAGCCCAGGUGAGUCUCUAUCUACUGGAGGAGGCCCUGGAGGGACGCACACAGCAGAUACCCCUUGAUGCCAUACAGGCCCUCGAUGUCGUCAUGAGACACCUACCAAGCAUGAAAUAUACACCCGUAGGAAGGUCAUUCUUCUCCCCUCCAGAAGGGUAUGAACACCCACUGGGUGGUGGUCGAGAGGUGUGGUUUGGUUUCCAUCAGAGUGUACGUCCAUCCCACUGGAAGAUGAUGCUCAAUAUAGAUGUCUCUGCUACUGCCUUCUACAAGGCUCAACCCGUCAUUGAGUUCAUGUGUGAGGUGCUCGACAUUCAAGAUAUCGGAGAACAAAAAAGGCCCCUCACUGAUUCACAACGUGUCAAAUUCACCAAAGAAAUCAAAGGCUUUGGCACAGGUCUGAAGGUAGAGAUCACCCACUGUGGCACCAUGAGGAGGAAGUACAGAGUUUGUAAUGUCACAAGAAGACCUGCUCAGACACAGUCGUUCCCUCUACAGCUGGACUCUGGACAGACUAUUGAGUGUACUGUGGCCAGGUACUUCAUGGAGAGAUACAAAAUGAGACUGCAGUACCCCCAUUUACCUUGCCUGCAAGUAGGACAGGAACAGAAACACACCUACCUCCCUCUAGAAGUAUGCAAUAUCGUGGGUGGCCAGAGGUGUAUCAAGAAACUGACUGAUCUGCAGACUUCAACCAUGAUCAAGGCUACAGCUCGUUCUGCACCCGACAGGGAGAAGGAAAUCAACAGUCUUGUUCGGAAAGCUAAUUUCAUGGCUGACACCUACCUUCAAACUUUCGGCAUCAACAUUAAUCCCACCAUGGUCGAUGUUCAAGGGAGAGUACUCAAUCCACCGAAAUUACAAUAUGGAGGCCGGACCAAAGCUCAGGCUGUGCCAAACCAGGGAGUCUGGGACAUGAGGGGCAAACAGUUCUACAGCGGCAUUGAGAUAAGGGUGUGGGCAAUUGCUUGCUUUGCCCCUCAAAGAACAGUCCGAGAAGAUGCACUAAGAAAUUUCACAUCUCAACUCCAGCGUAUAUCAAAUGACGCAGGAAUGCCUAUCAUGGGACAGCCAUGCUUCUGCAAGUACGCCACUGGUCCUGACCAGGUGGAACCAAUGUUCCGAUAUCUGAAAAACACAUACCAGGGAUUACAGCUCAUAGUGGUUGUAUUACCUGGCAAAACACCUGUUUAUGCUGAGGUAAAGCGUGUUGGAGACAUUCUGUUUGGCCUGGCCACACAAUGUGUGCAGGCUAAGAAUGUCAACAAGACAUCCCCACAGACUCUGUCCAAUCUCUGCCUCAAGAUCAACGUCAAACUAGGUGGCAUUAACAGUAUCCUCCUGCCAAGUAUUCGCCCUAGCGUGUUUCGGGAGCCAAUCAUUUUCCUGGGUGCUGAUGUAACACACCCACCUGCAGGAGACUGUUCGAAACCUUCCAUUGCUGCCGUAGUAGGGAGCCAGGAUGCUCACCCCAGUAGGUAUUCAGCAGCGGUGAGGGUGCAGCAGCAUCGUCAGGAGAUCAUCCAGGAGCUGCCCACAAUGGUGAAGGAUCUCCUCAUCCAGUUCUACAGGUCUACAAGGUUCAAGCCAACUAGGAUUGUCUUCUACAGAGAUGGUGUCAGUGAAGGCCAGUUCCAACAGGUGCUAAGCCAUGAACUGAGAGCUGUGCGAGAAGCAUGCAUGAAGCUUGAGGUGGGCUACCAGCCAGGCAUCACUUUCAUUGUGGUACAGAAACGCCACCACACCAGACUCUUCUGUGCUGACCGAAAGGACCAGACAGGGCGCAGUGGCAACAUUCCUGCUGGAACAACUGUGGACGUGGGCAUUACUCAUCCUACAGAGUUUGACUUCUAUCUGUGUAGUCAUGCAGGUAUCCAGGGUACAAGUCGACCGUCACACUACCAUGUUUUGUGGGACGUCAACCACUUCUCUGCAGAUGAACUGCAGAUUCUGACGUACCAGUUGUGCCACACCUACGUGCGGUGUACCCGUAGUGUGUCCAUCCCUGCACCUGCCUACUAUGCACAUCUUGUUGCCUUCCGUGCCAGAUACCACCUUGUGGAGAAGGAACAUGACAGCGGUGAAGGGAGUCGACACUCUGACAACAGCGAGGACCGAAAUCCAGCAUCAAUGGCUCGUGCUGUGACAGUGCAUCCCGAUACCUGCAAGGUUAUGUACUUUGCUUGAGGAGUCACGCAAGAGGAGACAACUCUACCAUUCUUUUCUAGGCUGUGAACUAUGUCUGGGACUGGUGUUUCUAUGUUAUUUGUGUAAGAUAUUUAUACGUCAACUCGAGCAGAAAUGACUAGGAUAGAGAACGCUGGCAUAGAAAUCUGAGUCAUGUGUACAUAUUGUUACCAUGGUUACUUGUAUAAAUUGUGCCACAGUCCUCAUGUCGUGCUCAAUGGAUGGACUUUAUAUAUAAUGAAAUGUUGACCUUCCGUGUGAUGCACACAUAUUUAAUAUUGUGAUGAUAAUGAUUAUUAUAUUUUGAAGGCCGGGAAUUGUUUUAACAAAGUAUCAUGACCAUGUUUGUUACAAAGGUUUUAUUUCUAUAAUUGUGUUGUCAUCUUCUGUUCUCUGAAAUCUUUGGUUGUCAACAUUUAACUAGUUUGGGUUAGCGUGAAAUCUGUCUCUAUCUUCAUGCGUUAUCUCCAAUGUAACUUAAACUGCUUGUUCACAAAACAUAGGUAUCAAUACUUUAACCAUUCGUUCAUUCUUACCACAUUCAGUUCCAAGUUAGGAUCAUUUGUUUUUCAACAUCAAGUAUUUGCUGCCUCAUCCUACAUAAUACUCGACUGCAUAUUUAUAUUAAGUAUUAAUCAAAUAUAAUAUCAUAACACCCAGACUGGCUACGACUUCAAUUAUGUUCCUAGCUUUGUUCGUAGAACCAUAUCACGUCUUUGUACUGGUUAUGACCACAGUAUUUUUCUAUCAGUGACCAUAAUGUAGCCUUUACGAAUGGCAUUUCUGCCAACAAUGCAAGUUUUCAUAUCAAUGUUUGUCAAAAUAGAAUACCAGUUAGCCAAGGUUGUGACAGCAGCUGGUUUAUCAACAACCUUGUUAUUCACAUCACUUACAGUUUAUGUACUUUUUGUUGGACAUAUGAAACUUAACCAAGAUCACAAUUUGGUUUUGUCCCACCCAAAAGCCAAACCCAACCAUUGCAUCCACCGUGCAGUUACCUCCCCUUGCAUUUGUUUCCAGAUUACCUUCAGAUAUCAUUAUGCAGUUCCCUUAACCAUUGUAAUGCACUUGAAGCUUCUCCACCACCCUGUACCGAAUCAAAACCGUUUUCUCCACGAAAACAUUUCAGUAUGGGGGAAGUAACUGCCACCUUAUAAUGAGCAAUAUAGCAAAUGUAUUGAACAAAAGUAACCCAUAUUACAAGGGUAUUUUUAAGGGCCUUUAUUUUAGAAUCCAAGCAUGACGGAAACAAUGUCCAGCCAAGUGGACAAGAUUUGCAUCGACCAGCCUUUUGACUUGUGUAUUCCACAUGAUUGUUUAAUAUGUAUGUAGAAUUGUUUUGUUUUAUUGAAAUCCCAUAUAACAUUUGACAAAUAUUUCAUAUACGUACUUGUACCUGUGGUGAUUGUAUGUUUAACAUUGGUAAAACAGAACAAAAAGAGAUCAAGCAAUCACACUUACUGACAUCCUGACUAGGUCACCAUUGCUUGAUGCAAAAUUAACAAAUAGAAGUCAGCUGAGUUUCGUUUUAUCGUAUUUUAACAGAUUGGAGUUAUCAAGAUGAGUGUAGUUUCAUUUUAAUCGUGUGUUUUCAACCUGUACAUAGGAAAUGAUGAAAGAUCAAGUACCCUUGAUAAUCUCCCACAAACAAUGUUGGCAUAAAUAGUCUCUAGUCACAAGCCAACAUGUUAUCCCCCUUUCUCCAGGUGAUGGAAGUGUUUUGGUGCUGUAGUGUCCCCCUCUCUGUAGGAGUUUAUUUCCAUUUAUCAAGCUGUAGACAUAAGAUAUUUGCUAACAUUUAGCAUUGUAAAUGAUUCACCGUUCUGGUACAAUCAGUUUUGAAUUUGCUCAGUUUCAUUUCCUUUUGAAGUAAAUUUUGUAUAGUACCAAUGAUUAUAAGCUCUAAAGUAUCCUUAACUUUUUUUCAAUAUUCAGGUAGCUUGUUAUUUUCAUCAACACAUAUCCAUUUAGUCCCUAAUCAGUACCAUUUGACUGACAGUAGGUAGGUAUUUUUUCACCUAUCUUAUCUAUAUCUUUCAUUAUCAAAGAUGUUACUGAAUUCUGUUACCAUGCACAAUUGUAUAUUUGCUUUGUAAAUUAAAGAUGAAUUAUAUUAUAUUCAGCUGAUAAGUGCUAUGAUUUUCAUAAAUGCAUGCAAUCUUUGGUAUAUGCAUAUCAUAAUGAUGCUUGGCUAGUGUGAUUAGUGUUUCUACAAUAGCAAGGCUGUGAUUUUGAGGCUGGUUAUAGAGCUCCUUAAGUCAUUAUAGUUAAACCAACUCCAAAUUAGACCCCUUGAAAAGCCUGAAAGAUUCUGUCAGUAAACUGCUAAAUUUCAAUGUCACUUUUCUACUUACAGAUUCUUAUUUAAAAUGAAAAAAAGCCAUUAUACUUAGGUCACUUUGUUAAACUGGUUCAUCAGAGACUUACUAGUCAUAUGCAACUCUUUACAACAUUGAUUCGAGAAUUGUCCUCUUGUCAAACUAUUUUAUACCAGAUCUGUCAUUUAGAGAGAUUGUAAGUUCAUUCAUACAUAAUUAAUUUGAAUUUCCCGAUUUUGAUUAUAUCACUCAAAGCCAUACAUGAUUUUGCACCUUCAAACCAGCUAACAAGUCCCUGUGGCAUCAUUACUGCAAUGACUGUCUGUAUAUGAAGUUCCAGUUGCCAUUCCUCCAUGACCAAAGUGAGGAACAUGACAAUUUGGAUCUCACCAAAGCAAUGCAGGCUUUGUCUUGGAUUGUCUUUGAUUAUUCUUCAACAAAGUGACGCUGAAUGACUGCUUACUGUUAUUGGUUGAAACACCCAAUGACCAAUGACCAUUGUAACACAUUAUUCAUUUUACGCAGUCCGGUAAAUUUCCCUGAAUGUCUUUUCUUUAACAAGUAACUGCUUACUACUACUGUUGGUUUGAAGAAUCUGCAAGCAUUCUUCAAUAUUCACCUGAAGUAGUGUUUGUGAGUUUCCUUCAAUUGCUAAAUUGUUUGAUAAGUUCAAAUAUGACUUUUGUCAAAAUUCCAUUACAAAAUGAAUGGUGUAUGUCUAUGUGGGUUAUUUUGCCCCCAAAAGCCUACUUGGUAAGAUUUUGAGUUUCCCAAUUAGUAACUGCUGUUUUUGUGAUUUGUCUGACAUUCUGCUUUGGAAGUUCUUCCUUUGGAAAAGGGUUGCUGUAUGUUUAACCUGUAUCUAUACAUAUUUCAGUUUAUGGGUAAGAUCACUUCACUUAACAUGCUAACAUUAUACGGUUUUGUCAACUUCUUGUCAACACCUGCAUAUUUUCUAGUCACUCAUUUAGUUGGCCUAAUACUGCUGGUCAAAUGACUGAGAUAUGCAUCACAUGACUAGUGGACAUUGCAAGGGCAUCUAUGCAAUAAUCAGUGCCAGAUUGAGUCGUCUCCUUUCAUUAAUGUACUCUAGCUCUUCCAGAAUGUCACAAUGGUGGUGUAUGGCAAGUGGGGAACAAGAGGUACCAUAUAUCAGAUAACAAACAAGUCAUUGUGAACUUACAUGCGCUAUGCCCAUUAAAGACAUCACUCACUCCUUUAGUAAUGCACUUAAGUCAAUUUCUGCCAUUCCGAGAUACAAGCGCUCUAGGCAUUAUUGUACCUAAUGAGGUAAGCUGCACUUUUUGUAAACAGAUCCAGUUUGUUUAUAGUACCUUUUGAAUUUCUAGUGGUACUUAUUUAAACAUGUUGUUUGGUUGUAUAUGUUCAUUUAUGGACUGUUUUGUGUUGGUGUAUAGAUUACUUGUAGGUUUGAUUUCCAUCUGCAUCAGUGAAUCAAACAUUGCAGAAUCCCAAUCUGUCAAAGGGAGGUAAUUCAGAUGACAUAAGAACAUCAGGAUAAUCAUGACGGAAGCAUUUCUCUCUGACCAUUCCUUGAUUUGUUUUUGUUGUGUGUUGUCUUGUGCAAUAUAAUAAACUGGCCAGAUAUUUGAACAUAUCAGUCACAUGACACCAAACUGACCAAUCAAAUAUGAUUACCAAGACAGAAAACAGCCAAUGAAAUUGACAUGUCCCAUGGGCCAUAUUGUAUAGUGGCAUUGCUCCCAGUUAGUCUUACAGUGCCUUUUGCUGUGUAUAGCCCAAUUUUAGGAAAUUAUUUCGUGUAAUCCGCAUCCACCCCGUUUUGAUCCACCUGAUACUAGCUAUUUGUCAUGUCCCAAGGAAUCUCUGUACCACCGCUUAUCACAAGAGAAUGUCUCUGAAAUCCACCCCCCUCUUUUUCCCAGGAUUGUUUGAAGGUUAUGGCUCCGAAACUUAUUUCAUAUUGGAAAGGUUUGUUAAAUGUUGAUGUACAUAGAUUAGACUAUUUUUUUAAGAAAUGAUUGAUAAAUUGCUUUCAAACCCAAAUUUCUAGGAGGGUGAAAUCUGUUGCUAUUGUUUAAUGUUCAGAAAUGAAAUCAUAGCUGAUUAAUAUUAAUUGUGUACUUUUAUUCGACUACUAUAUAAUGAUAUAUUUUUGUGAUUGUAGAUUUAAGGCAAGAACCAUUUCAUUUACAUGGCUAACACAAAUGGUCAUGGUUUAAAAUCAUGGGGGGCGAAAGAAGCUUGUGAAAAAGACUGAACAAAUAUAUCAUUGAAAAAAAUAAUUCCCCAUCAAGGUUUCUUCCAGAUUGUAAUUGUCGUGUUCAUGGUGGCAUUAAGCAUUUUGUCUGGCUUGCGAUGUUCAGAGAUGUGUAAUUCGUACAGUACUAUGCAAAAAUGGCUCAAGAAUGACAAGCAUAGAUCUGACAGCCUCAACUCUUAUAAAGAUCAAGCUAUUUGACCCAGUUUGUUUUUCAAGAGUAAAUUGUUAUACUAUCCCUGCCAAAUGCUUUAGUAAUUACGAAGGUGAACAAUUCCAGCAAUAUCGGGAGAACAUGCUUGCAUGGAGUCUUAAUAUUAAUAAAAUGGGUAAUUGCACAUAUCUCCAGAUCAUUUGUACAUAUUUAUAUACAAGAAAAUUAAUUCUAUGGGUGUGACUUGUGCUGUUGAAAUCAGCCCCAUAUCUUUUCUCAUAUCAGAUCAUGUAGACUGCGUGGCAGCUGAGGACCUCUCUGAUGUCAAGUACAAUGAAUGGUAUGCAAUCACAGCUGUUAAGAUAACAUAAUUUAAAGGUGUCAUUUAAUCUGGUUUAAUCCUUUUAGAGAGCUGUACUUGCCAAUCUUUUGCCCAACGUAACACAUUUCCUCAUGUGAAUUUGCUGAGCAGUUAAUCAGCUUUUAAGGAAGUGUUUUAAUACCCAUUUUUUAGUCAAAAUUUUAUUUUUAAAAAAAGGAAAUUCCAUUUGACCAAAAACAUUGUGGCAAACUUAACCUUUGUAAAACUUGAUUAUAUUUAUGAUACAUAUGAAAAUAUUGUUUGAAAAAUGCCCUUCUGUGUCUUGUCGAAGUUUGUAUAAAUCAUACUUACAGCAUUCAAUGUAAACAUUGUACAGAAUCAUCACUAAAGUCAAGUUGCACACUUUUGUGAAUAACUAGCCUUAUAAUCUAGACAUGUUCAGAGAUUUCUUCACCUUUUCAUGCCUAUGUGGGCAUCACUUCAUAUAAUUUGUGAUGCCUUACUUCUAAAAUAUCAAAAUGUGAAGUGAAUCAGUCAUUUCCUAUGGCUUGCCUUUGUUUCAGUUUGAGCAAGUUUAAGAUUAUAAGAGCUUGAAGCAAAUGAAUGACAUCUGGACUUCGCAAUAUGUUUGUGUCGGGAGAAGGUUGUGUAAUGAAAGUCAGUUGUUAUUCUCACAUUGUUUGGAAGAUUUUGAUUGGUUGUGAGGACAGCUACGCAUAUCAUUAGGGAUGUCUGGGUUAACAAUAGGUGCAUGGUGAAAUAGGGGUCCACAGUUCUCCCCACUGCUGGUAAUUUUACAAAGUUUACAAAAUAUUCCUGCUGUUUUUUAUAUAUGUAGUGAAAGUGCAAAAGCUCAACCAUUUCAGAAAUAAUAUUUAUUGAUUAUUUUAGUAAUCUUGUUAUUAUCCAAGGCAUUUCACAUGUACAUGUACAAUAGUGUUUAAGAUUUAUUUUGAGAAUUCCAAAAGGGAGAAUAUUGGUAACCAUUUUGUAUUUUAAAUUGAAAAUCUUUACAUCCCCAAGCUCUGGAAUUUUCACCUGUGCCUGUUGAAUGUCCCCUGAAAGGUCUGCUCACAUUCCAAGUAGACGUAGGGCCUAUUACAACAAUCAAGCUUUUUCUAUCUUUAUACCAGCGUAACAUUGCGUAUUUGAAAAAUAAGCAAACCGAGGGUCCCAAUUUGUUCCGUUUAUACAGAUCUCCUUUGUAUGUUUUUAUGUAGCUUUGAUAUUUUAUCAAGUGCUUCACAAGAUGGUUUUGACUGUUUUAUGUUAGUCUUUAAUACAGUCCAGUCUUGGUGCUGCCUCUCAUUGCUAUGACAACAGUGCCAUGUGACAUGCUUGUUGCCAUGGCAAAAGUAUUUAAUAUUUCAUUGCUUAAUGGCAAUCUGUCACAUUAUCCAUUGCAGUAUCAAUGGUAUCAUGUGACUGUUGCUAUGAUAAUAAUGUAGAUUUGUGUGCUUCUUACUCCACCCGAAGCUUUUAUUCAUUGUCAAUAAAUGUUUAUAAACUAA